CCUCUCGCUUCAUUUCUCACUCACUUCGACAGAGUUUGUGCAGUGUCCGACCAUGACCGAGACCGCAGAAGUGGCUCCACCGGCGGCACCCGCCGCCACACCCAAGGCUGCCAAGAAGAAGAAGACGGCCGUCCGGAAAAAGUCAACCGGUCCCAAACUGGGCGACCAGAUCGACAAGAUUGUGGCCGAUUGCCACAGCCAGCGAGGGAUGUCCGUAGCCGCGAUAAAGAAGAGUUUGGCGGCCAGCGGCGUCAAUGUUGAUAAGCUGAGAAGUCAGAUCAGGUUGACCAUUAAAAGGAAAGUGGAUCGCGGCUCCCUGGUUCACACUAAGGGCAAAGGUGCCUCCGGCUCCUUGAAGGUCCCUAAAAAAGAAGGCGCCGGGAAAGUCGUGAAAAAAGUGAAGAAACCAGCGACCAAGACAUCUAAGACCAGGAAGGCGGUGACCAAGAAACCUGCGGCCAAGAAAACAGGUGCCAAGAAAUCUCCCGCCAAACGCAAAGUGGUUAAGAAAACUGCGGUUAAAAAAGCGGCAGCUAAGAAAACAGCGACCAAGAAGACUACGCAGAAGUCCAAGAGCCCGAAGAAGGCCGCAGCCCCCAAGGUGGCCAAGAAACCGGCAAAACCCAAGCCGAAGGCAAAAUCUGUGAAAUCCAAGAAGACAGCGGCCAAAAAGUAAAUACAUGAAAAACCCGAAACCAAAGGCUCUUUUAAGAGCCACCCACAUCUCCCAGAAAAGAGCUGAUCCUGAAUCGCGUGAGUCCAGAUCCUGGUCGGUUUAGAUGCCAGUACGAACUAUUUCCAGAAAACCCGCCAUCCCCGGUUCCCCGCUGACAUUCGGCGUUGCCGUCCCUGUUCCUUCCCUAGUAACUGAAAUAAAACAGUAUGGGAUAUCCGGACCGAGGCUCAAUCGGACAUGGAUAUGUUCCGCUUCAGUCUCCGUUCAAAGGGCCGUUUCUUUCUCACUUGAUGCCGGGAGAUGGUGGCACUGCCGGAGAAUCCCUGUCUCACAGCUCAAAGCCCAACAUGGAAGUUUCCCAAUUCAUGGUUAAUAUGACUAAACUGCUGAACUAUCGGUGAGGAGAGAUUUAGGGAGAGGGAUCCAGUUCUGAGAAUGGACUGGAGGGGGAUGAAACACAGAAAUUACCCGGUAACAUGCUAUGACUGUUUUUACACUAUUUGUACUUUAACUAUAUAAUAUGCACAAAUAUACUUACUGUAAUUGAUUACUUAUUUACUUUUUCCUGUAUUAUCGUGUAUUGCAUUGUACUGUUGCCGCUAAGUUAAUAAAUUUCACGAUAUAUGCCGGUGAUAUGAAA